CGCUGCGUGGUUGCCCUGGCAGCACCGGACGCGGCCAAGGCCGAGGCUGCAGACACUCUUCCUUCCUAAAAGGCCUCGUGAGGGUCGCCGAUUUCGCCCAGUUCGCCUCCCGCCAUGCUCCUGGGGAAACGCGGGAACCGGGUGGGCGCCCUGGAGGAGGGGGCGCCCUUUGGGUGCCCCCAGCUCCCAGAGGCGGUGGCGGAGCGGGUCCUGCUUCGGGGCAUCUUCGAGAUCCAGAGGGAAAGCUGCGACGUGGUGCUGGGCGAGCGGGCCUUGCGGUGGCGGCGCAUCCAGCCCGAGCUCCCGGCGGGUGGUUCCAAGUGUCAUCAGCUGGGCAGCGGAGAGUCCCUAGAACUUGAAGACAUAUUUUCUGUAAAGCUGAAGAGGCGCUGUUCUGUGAAGCAGCCUGGCAAAGGCACUCUGCUGGGCAUCACCCUCUUCAUCUGCUUGAAGGAACAACUAAACAAAUUAAAGGAUUCUACACUCGAUCUCAUUAACUUGAGUGAAGACCACUGUGACAUAUGGUUCAGAGAGUUCAAGAAAAUUCUGGAAGGUUUCUCAAGCAGACCAAAGGCUCUAAAGAUCCUCCUCAACCCUCAGAGUCACAGAAAGGAGUCUGUCCAAGUCUAUUAUGAGAAGGUGGAACCUCUGCUGAAGCUUGCGGGGAUAAAGACUGAUGUGACAAUAACAGAAUAUGAAGGGCAUGCCCUGUCCCUGCUUGACGAAUGUGAACUCCAAGGAUUUGAUGGUGUUGUCUGUGUUGGUGGAGAUGGAUCUGCUAGUGAAGCAGCCCAUGCGCUGCUCCUCAGAGCUCAGAAGAAUGCUGGGGUGGAGAUGGACUGCCUCCUGACUCCCGUUGGUGCACAGCUUCCACUUGGCCUAAUACCAGCAGGAUCUACGAAUGUACUGGCACAUUCUCUUUGUGGAAUUUCUCACGUAGUGACUGCAACUAUGCACAUAAUAAUGGGUCACAUACAGACAGUAGAUGUCUGCACAUUUAGCUCUGCUGGCAAGCUUCUUCGCUUUGGGUUCUCGGCCAUGUUCGGCUUUGGUGGAAGGACUUUGGCUCUGGCAGAGAAAUACCGAUGGAUGUCCCCGAGUCGGCGGAGAGACUUUGCUGUACUCAAAGCUUUGGCCAAACUUCAGCCAGAGGAUUGCAAAAUAUCAUUUUUACCAGCUGGUUGCUCUCAGGACAAACAAGAAAGAAAAACAGAACAAUCUCCAGAAUCUGACCAUAGUGGUCAAUGGCAAACCAUCCAAGGGCAGUUCUUGAACAUCAGCAUCAUGGCAAUCCCCUGUCUGUGUUCAGUGGCUCCCAGGGGCUUUGCACCUGACACCAGAUUAAAUAAUGGAAGCAUGGCUCUCAUAGCUGUACGGAACACUACUCGACCAGAAUUUGUAAAGCACCUGAAGAGAUACUCCAGCAUAAAGAAUCAGUUCAACUUUCCCUUUGUGGAGACUUACACCAUUGAAGAAGUAAAAAUCCAUCCCAGGGGUAAAAGCAAUGGAUACAACCAGCAGGAGGAGGGUGGGGAUCCUGCAACUGUUCCAGAAAGCGGAUUUCCUUGGAAUGUAGAUGGUGACUUAAUGGAAGCUGCAUCCGAGGUCCACAUUAGACUGCACCCAAGACUGAUCAGGCUUUAUGGAGGAAGCCUGGAAGAAAUGAAUGAUUCCAAAGUAGCAUGUAAUUGCAUAUAAAAAAAAAUCUGUAAAGUAGAAAUUUACUAUGAAGGUAUAUGGUAUGUAACAUAUACACAAAUAGAAAAUGCAUUUUUGAAUGAAA